AGCUCUUGAAGCAGUUUAUGUCGGUGUUAGUGAAUGCAUGUGUUGGUGUGGAUGGUUGAAAAAUGGCUGUGCCAUCGUCGUCACUGUCAACGAGGAACAAAAAGCACUUCUUGGGGGUGCCAGCACCACUGGGAUAUGUAGCUGGUGUUGGCAGAGGAGCAACAGGUUUCACCACCCGUUCGGACAUCGGUCCAGCGCGUGACGCCAACGAUGUCUCGGACGACCGUCACGCACCGCCGACGAAGCGCGCCAAGAAGAAAGAUGAGGAGGAAGAGGAGGAGGAAGACCUGAACGACUCCAACUACGACGAGUUCUCAGGGUACGGAGGCUCCCUGUUCAGCAAAGACCCUUACGACAAGGAUGACGAGGAGGCGGACGCCAUCUACGAGGCGAUUGACAAGCGAAUGGACGAGAAGCGCAAGGAGUACCGUGAAAAGCGUCUUCGCGAGGAGCUCGAGCGUUACCGUCAGGAACGCCCGAAGAUUCAGCAGCAGUUCUCCGACCUGAAACGCGAGUUGGUGAACGUCAGUGAGGACGAAUGGAAGAACGUGCCGGAGGUGGGUGAUGCGAGGAACCGAAAGCAGCGAAAUCCACGAGCGGAAAAGUUCACACCUCUACCGGAUUCAGUUCUUGCGAGGAACUUGGGAGGCGAGUCAACUUCGAGUAUUGAUCCCUCGAGUGGUCUCGCCUCGAUGAUGCCCGGAGUCGCGACACCGGGGAUGUUAACGCCAACGGGUGACCUGGACCUUCGUAAAAUCGGUCAGGCCAGAAACACUCUGAUGAACGUCAAGCUGAAUCAAGUAUCGGAUUCCGUGGAGGGACAGACGGUAGUCGAUCCCAAGGGCUAUCUGACAGACCUCCAGAGUAUGAUCCCCACGUACGGUGGGGACAUAAACGACAUCAAGAAAGCCAGACUGCUUCUAAAGUCCGUCAGGGAGACAAAUCCCAAUCAUCCACCCGCUUGGAUAGCCUCAGCCAGGCUGGAGGAGGUGACGGGAAAGGUGCAGGCAGCGAGGAACCUGAUAAUGAAGGGCUGCGAGGUGAAUCCAACAUCCGAGGAUCUGUGGCUGGAGGCGGCGAGGCUCCAGCCACCAGACACAGCAAAAGCCGUCAUCGCCCAGUCCGUCCGACACAUUCCGACGUCUGUGAGGAUCUGGAUAAAGGCAGCAGACCUGGAAGUGGAAGCCAAAGCCAAGAGGCGAGUCUACAGAAAGGCCCUGGAGCAUAUCCCGAAUUCUGUGAGACUCUGGAAGGCGGCUGUUGAGCUGGAGGAGCCGGAGGACGCGAAGAUCCUGCUGAGCCGAGCUGUAGAGUGUUGUCCUACGAGUGUAGACCUCUGGCUAGCCCUGGCGAGGCUGGAGACCUACGACAACGCGAGGAAGGUCCUGAACAAGGCUCGAGAGAACAUUCCGACCGACAGGCAAAUCUGGACGACAGCUGCCAAACUUGAAGAGGCGAAUGGCAACAAGCACAUGGUAGAUAAGAUAAUAGAUAGGGCGAUAUCAUCGCUGAGUGCCAACGGAGUGGAGAUCAACCGGGAGCACUGGUUCAAGGACGCCAUGGAGACGGAGAAGGCUGGGGCUAUUCACACCUGUCAAGUGAUUGUCAAGGCGAUCAUUGGAUUUGGUGUCGAGGAGGAGGACAGAAAGCACACCUGGAUGGAGGACGCUGAGACUUGUGCCCAGCAGGGAGCACUCGAAUGCGCAAGAGCUGUUUAUGCAUAUGCCCUGGCAACAUUUCCCAGUAAGAAGUCCAUCUGGCUGAGGGCAGCUUAUUUCGAGAAGACUUAUGGAACGAGGGAGUCUUUGGAGACGCUACUGCAGAGGGCUGUGGCUCACUGUCCGAAAAGCGAGGUGCUCUGGCUGAUGGGGGCCAAGUCCAAGUGGUUGGCCAAUGAUGUACCAGCUGCCAGGGGCAUAUUGUCACUGGCUUUCCAAGCGAAUCCCAAUUCCGAGGAGAUCUGGUUGGCGGCUGUCAAGCUCGAGUCAGAGAAUUCUGAGUACGAGAGGGCUAGGAGACUUCUGGCGAAAGCCAGGGCCUCCGCACCGACACCCAGGGUCAUGAUGAAAAGUGCUAAACUUGAGUGGGCCCUUGAUAAUCUUGAUGUGGCUAUUAGCCUGUUGAAGGAAGCGCUCAAGACCUUCGAGGGAUUUGAGAAGCUCUGGAUGAUGAAGGGUCAGAUCGAGGAGCAACAGGGACAACUCGAUAGGGCGCUUGAUACCUACAAUCAGGGGAUCAAGAAGUGUCCUGGGGCUAUUCCCCUCUGGAGGCUUCUUGCUGAUCUUGAGAGGCGAAAUGGUCACAUCACCAAGGCCAGAUCGGUUUUGGAAAAGGCGAGGCUGAGGAAUCCGAAGAAUCCUGAACUGUGGCUCGAGGCUGUGAGAAAUGAGAUGAAACCCGGGGGUGUGCGGGAUAUGGCUCAUACUCUCAUGGCCAAAGGCCUCCAGGAGUGCCCCAACUCUGGGCUACUGUGGGCAGAGGCGUUGUUCAUGGAGGCCAGACCUCAGAGAAAGACCAAGAGUGUUGAUGCUCUGAAGAAGUGCGAGCACGAUCCACAUGUUCUUCUUGCUGUGUCCAAACUGUUCUGGUGUGAACACAAGAUCAGCAAGUGUCGGGAUUGGUUCAACAGAACUGUUAAGAUUGAUCCUGAUCUUGGAGACUCGUGGGCGUAUUUUUAUAAGUUCGAGUUACUCAAUGGGAGUGAAGAGCAGCAGGAAGAUGUUAAGAAGAGAUGCAUAGCUGCUGAGCCACAUCAUGGAGAGUACUGGUGUAAAACAUCCAAGAAUAUUAAGAACUGGUGUCUGAGCAUUGAUCAGAUCCUUGUGAUGGCUGCUAAGGAGCUGCCGAUACCGAUAUGAGGAUCAGAUCGUUGAAUUAAUUAAGGGAUAAAUUGUAAUAUUUUUUGAUGUAGGGAAAUUAACGACUGGAUUUAAUAAUUCAUUGAAAUCUAUAGUAAUUGAAGUUAUACAAUAAAGCGUGAAGGAUUCUGAAUUGAUGCA